AUGAGUCAAACAUCAAUUGAGUUGCGAGCUCGCGAAGAAGGAUCCUCACAAGCUGAAGAUCUGGAUCUCACUAGUACCCAUGAAUUCUCUUCACUACCGCCCGUAGAUGGUGGCAAAGAUGCUUGGUUCUUCCUUGCAGCUUCAUUCAUGGUUGAAGCUUUGACUUGGGGCUUUCCGUUUGCAUUUGGUGUCUUUCAGGAUUACUACAGUACCAAUGCACCUUUUGAAGGGUCAUCAGCUAUUGCUGUGAUUGGUACCUGCGCCAUGGGAAUUAUGUAUCUCGGUCUCCCAUUUGUUAUGACCCUUCAACGUCUCUACCCAAAGCAAAGCCGCUGGUCUCCAAUGAUAGGACUCUUUAUCAUGGCAUACUCUACGCUAUAG